AUGGACUGUUGCAGUAAUUAUAGCGAUUGGCUAACAAUAAUAGUUUGGGUUAUUGUCGCGCUCGUAUAUAUAUGUCUUGGGUGCUGCAGAGAUUGA